AUGCCCGAUCUCGCCACCACAAGCCGGUGGUUCCGGGGCCCUCAGUUCCUGUGGGAAUCCGUCAAGACGUGGCCCGCACAACCGGCGGAAAAGCCGGUCACAGGAUCGGAGCUGAGGCCAGCUUUCGCCGACCAUCACUCGUCUGACGCUCCGUCAAUACAGCAGCCCGUGGUCGCGGUGACGAGAUUCUCGGACUGGGCAAAGGUGCUCGUGGUAACCGGAAGGGUAUUGCGCUUUGUUCACAACUGCAGGGCUAGUAGCACCCAAAGAGUCGGAUCGUCAGGCCCUAUAACAGCAGAGGAAAGGAGCAAGGCGCAACGGGUUAUAAUCAGCCAGGCACAAAGGGAGGCGUUCCCCGCGGAAAUCGACCUGCUGAAGAACGCCAAGACGUCAACUAGGCGUACGACCGUGAUACCAAAACAGAGCCCGAUCCAUUCGCUGAGUCCGUACCUGGAUGAGUGCGGAAUCCUACGCAUGCGAACGAGGAUCGCUGCAUGUCACUACGCAACAGAAGACGCGAAGAGGCCGGUAAUUCUACCACGGCGUCAUCCGGUUACGGAGCUGAUAGUGCGAAAGUUUCACGAGAGGUUUCAUCAUCGAAACCACGAGACAGUGAUUAACGAGGUGCGCCAGCUCUACCACAUUCCUCACCUCCGGUCCUGUUACGCUAGAGUGCGGAGGAACUGCCAGUGGUGUAAGAAUGCGGCUGCAGAACCGAAGGCUCCCAUCAUGGCCGACCUGCCCCCGGCGCGUCUUGCGGCCUAUGUACGGCCAUUCACAUACGUAGGACUUGAUUACUUUGGCCCAAUCGAAGUAGCCGUGGGAAGGCGAGUGGAAAAGCGGUGGGGCAUGCUGGCUACGUGCCUCACAGUGCGGGCGGUCCAUAUCGAGGUGGUUCACUCGCUGACCACCAGCUCAUGCAUCAUGGGUCUGCGGAAUCUAAUUGCGCGCAGAGGGACCCCGCUCACAAUAUUCUGUGAUCGAGGAACCAACUUCGUCGGUGCGCAGAGGGAACUGCAACGCAACCCGGAGCUGAUCGACCACGUCGAUAUCACAAAAGAGUGCAGCCAACGCGGGAUACGGUGGGAGUUCAACCCGCAACAAGCCUCCCACAUGGGAGGCAGCUGGGAGCGCCUGAUCCGGACGGUGAAGGAGAACAUCGUUGCUGCGAGCUCAGCCAAGCGUUUGAACGACGAAGUGCUGCGCAGCCUGCUGGUCGAGGUCGAGAGCAUUAUGAACGCGCGGCCCCUCACACACGUGCCGGUAGACGACGACUCGGCCCCGGCCCUAACACCGAACCACUUCCUGUUGGGUUCGUCGAAUGGCAUGAAGCAGCCGGGCGAGUUGGACGACAGCGGCAGCCUUCUGCGGCAGAACUGGCGAACAUCACAAGCGUUGGCCAACAGAUUCUGGAGGCGGUGGCUGACCGACUACCUGCCAGAGAUCACACGACGAACAAAGUGGCACCGAUAUAACGAACCCAUCAGGACAGGAGACGUGGUAGUCAUCGUCGAUCCCAGGCUACCCAGAAACUCCUGGCCAAAGGGCGUGGUAGAGCAAGUUUUCGCCAGCAAGCAGGACGGUCAGACACCUCCGAAUGUGAUUAGCACUACCUUUUCUACUGGGGACACAGAAUUGCAAUAUGGAGCGAUUCUUAGCAUUACGAAUGCUUCUGCUGCCACCGUUGGCCGAUACUACUGCGUAUCAUCUGAAAAGGAAGAAGAAGACUUGGACGUAAUGGUGAUUGAAGAAUUUGCAUCUAGUAUCUACGUGUUCGUAAAGGACUACAACCAUCCUCUGGUGCCCACGCCAGCAUUGAUAAAUUAUAUUUAUAAUGCGGACAUCUUCAUACCGUGUAAGCCCUCGUAUCAGGAUAUUGAGGUUGAGUUGUGUACCAAGUUUGGAGAGUGCUCGAGAAGUGUACCCUCUUCUACGAAAGGAUUCGCUAUUUCGAAAGUUACGCUGAAAAUUCCAGAAGAUGGACAACUGAUUUGUCGUUGCGACAAUAGCUCCUUUACGAUCUUCAUGAUACCGAUUGAUGGUCCAACGAGCGUUACGAUGAGAGAAACACUCCAGGCAGUCGAUAUGGGCACUAAAAUUCGAUGCGGGAAUGGCAAAGACAGUGGGAUGCAGGCAAAAGCGGACGAUGGACGCAUCGCCUAA